AGAGCCCGAGCGCGAGCGAGAGGGAGAGAGAGUUCUCGAGGCGCUCAGACGCAGACGAAGGCAGAGGCAGCAGCAGCAGCAGCAGCAGCGCCCAGAGUGAAGAAGGAAGACGCUGCUGACAGAGUCACCGAGAGAGGCGCUUGGGAACGAGGGAGAAAGGAGAGGAGAGGAGAGGAGAGGAGAGGAGAUUGAGAGAAUGAGAGGGAGAGGAUUUUGAGGGAGGGAGGGAGAGAAUCGAGAGGCGGAUUGAUUGAUUGAUUGAUUGAUUGCGGAGAGGAGGAGUGGAGGAGUGGAGGAGUGCAGGUGGUGACGAGAGCCGGGAAUUGGAGGUGGAGUGGGGUGCUGCUGGGAUGGGAAUGCUGGGGUGGUAAAGGACGAAAGAACAGGAGGAUUAGGAGGAGGAGGAGGAGGAGGAGGAUGAGGUGAUGAUAUGGAAGUCUAGAUGUUUAAGAUGUCGGCGCUAGGGAGGUUGGGCCGGCGCGUCUCAGAGGAUCUCGAUGGGCAUUACACCAUCCGGCCGGAUGUGCCCGAGGCGCCGCCCAGUCGGUUCCGCCCCAAGCUUGGCAAGAGGUUGAGUCCCAGAGCUUGGCAUGCCGCGUUUAAUAAGUCGAAUCAGCUUGACCUGGCUAAAGUGAUCACUCGCAUUCAAAGAGGGGGUAUUGAUCCCUCAAUAAGAGCAGAAGUAUGGGAAUUUUUGUUAGGAGCUUUUCCCCCUGAUAGUACCAAUGAGGCGCGUACUACUCUACGUUUGCAACGCAGGAAAGAGUAUGCCAAACUCAAGGAGACAUGUCAGGCUAUGGAUUCCGCCGUAGGUAGUGGUGAAGUAGUGACUCUACCUCGCAUCGAUGAAGAUGAAGUAAAACCUAAGAAAGAUGAAGGCAUAAGGAGGAGACAGACAAAGAAACAUAGAGAUGACGAGUCAGGCUCUUCCGAUUUAGAACAAACGAACGGAAACGAAAACGCAGCCAUGGAUGAUAGUGUGAAAAACUGGAAGCUGAUCUUACAUCAAAUAGGUUUGGAUGUUGUACGAACAGACAGAAUGUUACAGUUCUAUGAAGUACCUCAAAAUCAAGCAAGACUCUGGGAUAUUUUGGCCUUAUAUGCAUGGUAUGACCAAGAAAUCGGAUAUUGUCAAGGUAUGAGUGACCUCUGCUCUCCAUUGGUGGUAUUAUACACGGAUGAUGCAGAUGCAUUUUGGGUCUUUGAAAGGAUCAUGGCGCGAGUGCGGGCAAACUUUUUGUGUACAGAGAAGGCAGUGGGUGUGCAGAAGCAGCUGGAAAAUUUAGCAUCUAUAAUGAAGCUCAUGGAUCCAAAACUUCAUCAGCAUCUCGAACAACUUGGCGGAGGAAAUUACAUCUUUUCGUUUCGAAUGGUGAUGGUCCUUUUUCGCCGUGAGUUCUCUUUUGCAGACACCCUUUACUUGUGGGAGAUGAUGUGGGCUUCAGAGUUUGUUCCAGCCUCGCCCAAAGAUUGGAAAUCGAGUAAGACUUACAGUUGGAGUGGAAAAUUUGGUAAACAACUAUUGAAAAUUGGAACAACCAAAGAUCCGGGUAGCAACGCUCCGAUGGCAGUGUUUUGCAUGGGUGCAAUAUUCGAAAUGCAGCGGACAAGACUCCUGAAGGAGACCCAAGGCCUUGAUGAUGUUGUGAAGCUUCUGAAUGAGAUCACAGGCAAAGUCGACCCGAAGGUGGCAUGCAAGAAGGCCGUCAAGCUACACAGAGCUUACCUACAUAAGGUUGGUAAAGUAAAUUAGAUAUAAUUUUAACAUAGGUGUUGCAAUGGAGCUUCUUCUGGUGGCUCAAUCUGGCGGUCUGCUGGACAAUUCAUUCCUUCGCUCGGAAACCACGCGGCGAACGAAGUGAUUUGGCAGACUGCCGAUUACUCGUCGGAACCGAACAACUUGCUUCAUGCAGCAUGUGUUAGGAGUGGUUGCUAUGAUUCAAGACGUUAGGUCUUUGGCCGGCCUGAAAAGCUUAGAAGAAGGCAUGGAAGUUCAUUAAGCUCCUGCAUGGUCUACUUAGCUGUAGGGCAGGAGACAGGAAGUUUUUGUAUAUCAAAAUGUGCCGGUUAGGUUCAUAUUGGGUGGUUAACCUUCUACCGGCCCCAUUUGUAUUGAUUAUCAGAUAGUGUAGUGUGUACAGCAUUUUCUUGAGCUGUCUUCCUCUGUUAUUGAACAAUCAUAUCGAAAAAGAUCGCAUAUUUGGAAGCUCAUGGGCCGGAAAUUUCAAGUAAACAAAUCCUUUGUCCUUUUAAGUGACCCUUAUGAUCCUCUCUUCCCCUAAGUAGCAUGUAGCAGCAUUUGGCCUAAGUUCAACAUCUGAUACACGAAUCUUGCACGCUGUCCAG